AGUUUUGGGGAGUGCAUAUAAUCAACAUAUUAUCGAAGGUGCUUAGAUAUUGAUCCUGUAUUUCGAGGUAGUUCAAAUUCACCUCUCUUGGACCUUCAGGCUUGACCUUAAUUUUUCUGCGCUUGGUGGAGAAUAAUUCACGCGUAAAAUGCCGAAGAGAAAGUCUCCAGAGGGUCCUGAGGGCAAGGAGGCCUCCAAAGUCACAAAACAGGAGCCCACCAGAAGGUCAGAGAGAUUGUCAGCGAAACCUGCUCCUCCACCCAAGCCUGAGGUCAAGCCCAAGAAGGCCAUCGUCAAGAAGGUGGCAGAUGAUAAGGGGGUGAAGGCAAAGAAAGGUGGCCCUAAGGGAAAGAAAGAAGACGGCCCUGCCCAGAACGGAGAGACCAAGACCAAUGAGGUAACUGAAGCAGCGGAGGAUGCCACUGAGGAGAAGGCGUAAAGACACGGACGCGUCCACCGACUCGUCCCCUCUUACUCCAUGGCAGCAAAGCAUCUUUUUUUACUGACGAUUUUUGUACCAUGCUGAAUUUUUUUUAGACUUGUGAUAGUAGAGAUGGACAACCAGCAGCCCCAUGCCCAUGUGUUCACACUCCUUUCAGCUCCUCCACCUACAGUAUGGUUUUUGCUCGAUUCUCCUCCCUCCUCCAUUCUGCAUCGCUAUACAGUCCGCCUCUCAGACGCAGAAAGACAGAAUGAAGUGGUUUUAUCAGAUGGCUGCAGAUGUUCUUCAAUUUGCCUGAAGGGGGGCCGUAAACACGACUGUUAUGAUCUUUAAACCAGCUCUGCCUAUAUUUGUAGUUAUACUUCUCUACAAAAGAUGAUCACUAUUCUCGGGCACUCUGACUGAUUCAGAGAUGCUCCAUUCUCCCCCCUGAUGGUAAAGUUGAGGACUUGUGGAUAUGUGUCAGCAAUGUGGAUGCAGAGCUGCAAGAAACCAGGUCCGUAGUCGCCAUGGAGAACAUCUGCAGCUUUUUAAAAAUCUUACUUUUACGGAAUUACCGCCACUGUGUUUCACAUAGCUCCUUUCGUACGUGUGCGGGAGUGAAUGUGUUUGUGCGUCUCUGUGUUUGACUUUGUUCACUUUGCCCCCCACCCUCCCCAGCCCCCCGAACGCCUUGUCCUGCAGCAGAGUGACAUAGCAAUAAUGAGUGGUGCUUCUGUUCUAGACGGCUCUAUUGGCUUUGGACCCUCUGGGCUUCUCUGAAUUUCAUCCUGUUGGGAGAAUAUUUUGAAAUAAAAGAAAAAGUUGAUGUCA